AUGGGGAAUACUGGAAUUAUUCUUCCACAUGCACGUGGUUUUAAAUUACGGAAGGAAUCGCAUGUUCGAAGAAAACCAGUCAAAAUAAUCAAAACUUUGAAAAAACCAUUCACAACCUUGCACGAUACACAAUUGUUACUUGAUAAUACUGAAAGUAUAUUGGAUAGUUCCUCAAAAAACCGCUAUAGAUUAGUACCAGAAAAAUCACACAGUCUUUUUCCUGACAUGGUACUACUUCAACAUAGUCAGAACAACCAAUUAGUGCCUAAUUAUAUAGGACCUGCUCUGGCAGCACUUCGAAAUAACCAAUACAUGUCUGAUUAUUUAGGAUCUUCUUUGGUAUCUCAAAUGAUGCCACAGUAUUCAACUUACAUGCAACCAUUUUCACCGGAAAUAUCAGUAUUACCAUUUCACGUUCCAUAUCCUGUACCAAUACCAAUGAUAUCGGUUUCUUCGGCUUCCCCAGUCACUCAGCCUAAUCCAGUUACUGAACAACUAUCAUCUACUGCGCCAACAACGACAAGCACUACAAAAAGCACACUAGGGAUAACUUUGCCAACAUUUCCAACACUUACUUUGCCGCCAGCAUUUCAGAAUCUCAUAGCUACUACUAAAAAAUCUAAAAAAAGAAGGAAAUAUAAUUCGAAAUUAGAAAAAGAUGAACUUGAAGAAGAAGACGAUUCUGAUGAAGACAAUGACGAUUCUUAUCAGUACUCAAGAAAAAAUUCUCGCAUUACAGGUGGAAAUAAAUUUUUAUUUUUUGCAGCAAGAUAUGAUGGAAAUUAUCAUUCAAUCAACGAUGAGUUUGAUUCUGAUGAAUUGAUUUCUGAAGAUAACUAUGAAGAAGAUCAAAAAAGAACAAGUAGAAAACGUAACAAUAAUUUCAAUGAUUUGCCACAGCCAUUGUUGCCUAAAUAUGUGGCAGAUGAAGAUGACGAUGAGGAAGAGGAAGAGGAAGAGAGUGACGGAUCAUUUGCUACACUGUCAGCACCAAAAAGAUCUGGUAAAUCGUGGAUGACUAAUUGGUCUCGUUAA